AUGGGACCUGAGCAAAGCCUGGGGGCUCCACUGUUACUUCUGCUGCUGCAAGCAUCAAUGCUUUUGUCCCUGUCCUGGGGGGACGCUCCAGCAGUGCUGACAUCGUUCCUGGGGAACAGCUUACAGAACUACACAUUCUUCCACACACUCUUCUGCCAGAAUGAGGAACCCAUGGUGGGUCUGUCAGAGGCUUUUGGAGGGGACCAGCUUUUCUCCUUUGAUUUCUCCAAGAAUUCCCGGGUGCCCCGGCUGCCCGAGUUUUCUCCCUGGGCCGGUGAUCAGAGAGACAUCCAGACCAUAGAUGAUGACAAGCAACUAUGCCAGUCGCUGCAGAAAGCACUGAGUGAUAUUUGUGAAGGCCAAAUCCCUGAGGCUAGAGGAAAUCCUGUGGCUGAAGUUUUCACUCAGGACCCCCUGGAGUUUGGGAAGCCCAACACCCUCAUCUGCUUCGUCAGUAACCUCUUCCCACCCAAUAUCAUGGUGACCUGGCAGCAUGAUGGAGAACCUGUGGAGGGCAGCAGCCCUGUUUUUCUCUCAGCUGUAGAUGGACUUGGUUUCCAGGCCUUCUCUUACCUGAACUUCACACCUUCAUCCACUGACAUCUUCUCUUGCAUUGUGUCACAGGAGGGCAACCUCUUCAGCACAAUAGCCUUCUGGGUGCCUCAGAACCCAAUACCCUCUACAUUGUUGGAAAACAUAUUGUGUGGUAUCGCCUUUGGCCUGGGAAUCCUGGGCCUCAUAGUGGGUGCUGCCCUCAUCAUCUACUUCCGAAAACCAUGUGCAUGUGGUGCAGACUGAAUUGUUGGUACCUGAGCCUGGCCUUCUUCCCUUCCACUGCAACCACUACUACAGGAGGCAUCCUAGACUCACACACUCUUUCCAUGGGAUUUCCUUUUGAGGGGAGAUGGAACCCCUCUGAGCUGGGAAUCCAUAGGGCAGAGGCCCCACCCCUGGGGAUCUUGGAGGGGUCUGGCCUAUGCCCUACUACUGAGGGGUUCGAACUAUGCCAACUCCCCCAUUUAUGCCAAUAAAGGUUGUUUCUUAACAAUU